CUCCGAUUGGUUUUUGAGUGCCGGACCGGAAGUACAAGUGAGCGCGCGCACACUUGAUGAUGGAGAGCGACAUGAUGGAGUCUGAACCGGUGGACUGUACAAAGGAGUGCUCUGCAGCCGACUAUAGUUCUGUCACUAUACCGCUGCAGCAGCCAUUUAACCGUUUGGUGUGCAUCGAGUACCCUUGUCGAAUUCGAAAUGAAAAGGCCAUGCUGGAGACUCUGGGAGGCGAGGAUGGUAUGAGCAAGACCUUUGCUGACCCCUCCAAGCGCCUGGAACUGUGUUUCCGUCCACAGGACCCAUAUUGCCAUCCUGUUUGUGGUAAUCGGUAUACCUCCAUGAGUCUGUUGUUGAGGGUCCGUAGAAGAAUCCAAAAGGUGAAUACUGAAGCAAAAACGGAAUCUUCCGAAAAAAUUCCUACUCCAACAGGCCAAUGUCACAUGGAAGUACUGGGGUUUAUUGGUACAACAUACAAAUUUCAAGGUCUUGCAGAUUUUCAGUACUUGGCUUUUCAAACCAGCAAGGAAGGAAAGUGCACCUCCCUGUACGACAAGAUCAUAUUGCAGCGUCCAGAGAAAAAGGAGUUUUUUGACCAGGACCUGCCACUGUUCAUCCCUCCACCCCUAUUUUCACGCCUUGAUAAUCCAACAGACUACUUCUACCGACCAGAAAUUCAGCACAGAGAAGGAUAUACUCCACCCCAGUUGUCCAGUGAAAAUUUGAUCGGACUGAGCCGUGCUCGGCGUCCACAUAAUGCAAUUUUUGUGAAUUUUGAAGAUAAAGAGGUACCUAAAGAACCGAUGAAGGCCGCUGUUUUGAAAUGGAAACGCCUGCAUGGCCACACAAAUGACUUCAAGUUAGAAGAAGCAAUAAAGCAAAUGUUUGACGUGCGCCCCAUAUGGUCUAGAAAUGCAGUGAAGGCCAACUUAGACAUUCAUCCAGACAAGCUAAAGCUGCUGCUGCCUUUUGUGGCCUAUUACAUGCUGACUGGACCAUGGAGAAGUAUGUGGGUCCGUUUUGGCUAUGAUCCUAGGAAGGAUCCCAAGUCCAAGGUAUACCAAGUGUUGGACUUCCGGAUCCGCUGUGGAAUGAAACAUGGCUAUACUCCUGGUGACAUUCCAGUGAAAGCAAAGAGGAGCGCUUAUGAUUAUAAGUUGCCUAUCACUGUGAAUAAAACAGGUUCCCAACCAGCCAGCCUGCAGGAGUUCACCCAGGGCCCAGCUGCAGAAAGCUUUUCUGGUGGCCGAAGGCCGGCUCCUUCUAGGUACCGGCUGAAGGAGUCCGUGUAUAUUUUCCGUGAGGGGACCCUGCCACCUUAUAGGCAAAUGUUCUACCAGCUGUGUGACUUACAAGUCGACAGUCUACAGAAAAUCAUCCAUCAGAACGACACCAAGGAGGCAGAAUGUACAGAACGGGAUGGCUGGUGUGUUCCCAAAACAAAUGAUGAGCUCAGAAAUAUUAUGUCAAACAUGAUCAUGCAAGUCGUUCGCUCAAAGAAUUCAGCUCUGCUUCCAGGCAAGAAAGCUCACUCAUCCUCAAAAGAGGGACAAGAAUCCAUUGACAUGGAGAGUGCAGAAGAAGAUAAUGGUGAUGAAGAAGAAGAAUUCCAUCCUUCAGAUGGCAGUGAGAAUGAGAUGGAGACAGAAAUCCUAGAUUUCAUGUGACUUUUGCUGAAAUGUGUGCAGAUGAUGCAUGGUGGGAGUGUGCAUAGCAGGCAUCCUGGGACUGAACUACUCCUUUCUCAAUAAAGGGGAAAAAAAGUCAGUAUAACAUAUACUGUCAGGAAUCUAUGCUCAUGUUGCCAAAUGAAAUAUUGUACACACGUGAAGAA